AUGUAUGUCAAAAAUUUACUAGAAGAUAUUAAAAAAUUAAAAGCCGAAAAAACCCAGCUAUAUUUUGAUAAAUUACUUUUACAAGCCCAAUUAGACACUUUUAAGAAAGUAGAUUACGCUAAUUUAGCGGGAAAAUUAAAAAAAUUUAAGCAAAUAGCCGUAAACAAAAUUAUUAAAGAAGCAGUAUUAAAUAAAAAAACAAUUAACUUAACUUAUGAAUUAUCCAAAGCAGAAAACUCAAUCAUCGGUUUAAAUGAAGAUAAUCAACGCUUAAUUAAUACCAAAACUGGCUUAGAAAACAAAGUAAACUCCUUAGGAGAAGAAUUAAACCAAGAAAAAAUUAAUAAAGAAGAAUUUGCGAAAAAACUUUUAGAAUUAAACGAAUACCUAGAAAGACCAACCUCCUUAGCGGAAAAAUUAACUAUUCCGGCUAAGGAAAAAAUAAAAGCAUUACAGACUGAAAAACAACAAUUAGCAAAAGACGAAGCCAGUUUAAAGGUUAAUUUAGAAGUUCAAGUAAAAUUAUUAGAACGUGAACUAGCACAAGCAAAAUUAACGGACGAGGAAAAGGAAAUAAUUGAAUUGAUUCAAAAAAUCCGCGGAUCCGAUAAGCAAAUUAUUGCUGAGGAACUUUUAAAAAAAUUAAAAACUAAAAAAUUAGAAAACUUACCUCAUUUGAAAAACUUACCUCUUGUUUUUGUUGAAGCAUAUGAAGCUAUUAAUAGAAUGGUUGAAGGAAUUAAGGAAACAGAUAAAGAUAUGGCUGAUUUACAAACUGAAAUCCAAGCCGACAAAGAUAAAAUAAACGAAUUAGAAAGAAAAACACGCGAAUUAGAAAACAAAGACCGCGACACCAUGAUUCUUUUACAAACUGCCAACAGCCAGAGAGACGGAAUUGCUGCCGAAAGAGAUUUAUUACAAACCAAAGUAAAUGAAUUAAAGGAUAAAGUUAACCAAUUAGAAUUAGAAUUAAAACUUUUAGGGAAUGAACUGGCUGCCCUUCAGCAGCAAAAGAACGAGGCUGAAAAAGACACAAAAAAAUCUCAAAAGGAUUUUGAAGACAGAAUUAAAGAACUAGAAGACACACAACUAACCCCUAAUGAACUGAAUAUUAAACAAACCCUUGAAGAAAUGUUUGAAAUAACUGCUAAUGAAGGAAUAGUUAGAUAUAAUAUUAGCGAAGUAGAAAGAAUUUUAGCCAAAUUAAAUGCUUAUAACUUAAAUGAAACUCCUAAUCUUGGCAAACUUCCGUACAAUAUUGCUAAUAGCAAUGCUGCUUCUAAUUAUAAUGGGUAUAAUCCCUAUAUGGUGAUUAUUGAUGAUUUAUAUUCAAUAAAUGACUUUCCGGAAGACAUCGGUGAUAAUCAAAUGGUUGGCUGUAUGGAUCUAACUAUGUUUGAAGAAAGAACAAGUUUUUAUAUUAAUAGAUUUAAAGCUUAUGGUAAAUAUGGGAAAGCAAGUUCAGCAAUAGUCUACAAAAAAAAUCAAAACCAUUUAAUUACCCAUAGCCUUCCUAAUUAUAGAUCAAUUUUUGUCCCAAACGUUUCAGCAGAACUAGGUCGCCACACUGCCUUUCCUAAAUCAGAACGCCCCUUAAACCCCGGAGAAGAAUUAUUAACUAUCAGGUUAGAAGAAUUAAUUGACAAGGCAGAAAAUGUGGCUGAACUAGCACUAGUUAUUAGAACAAUAGAACUUGGUUUUAGCAACACGCCGCCCAAAGACGACCGAGGAAUAAUUCCUUUUUUAGCUCUCCGAGAAGUUAAAGAAAUUACGCAAACUGAACAACCUCUAAAUUACACUCCUGACGAAAGCAAGGGUGAAGAAUUUGCUGGAUAUAAAUAUAAAACAGAAACUAAACCGGCUGGCUAUGUUUUACAGAAAAAUGAACAAUUAGCAAGCAUUAACGAGGACAAAACUUUAAAAGUAAAUGUCCCUGAAAAGCAAAUUAUCAACGUUAUUACUUAUGAAGACGCUUUGGAAGUCAAAGAUUUAAGCAGUUAUACUCAAUAUUUAUUUAAACAGCAACUUCUUAAACAUGAAUUUGACCCUGAACCCUAUGUAUUACCGAAUAAUAAUGUCAUUGAAACUUACCAACAGUUCCAACAUGCCCCUUACUUGAAUUAUGUUAAAAAUUCUGACGGCACCGUUUAUUAUCCAAUGUGUCCUGAAAUAAACCUUUAUUUAUCAGACGUAGAAGCCAUUAUUAAUGAUUUAGAAACAUUAUUAAGAGAUGUUUAUUAUCGCGUAAUAAAUAAUCCGGCUUUAUUCAAAACUAAUUUAAAAACAAGCAUUCAAGGAAACUUGACUGAUAUCGAACAAGGAGGCAAAAGUUCCGGUAUUGACAAAGAAAGGUCUUUUCAAAGAAUUCACGAAACAGAAAGCCAAGAACAACCCUUAAAAACUGCUGUUGCCGAAACUAACAGAGAAUGGGGCGAAUAUAAAGCAAAUAUCUUUAAAAAUCAAUCGAAAGAAACCACCCAAGAAAAUGUCAAAUUUGAUAAAGAAGUUGAAAAAGAAGAAAGCAAAAAAAACAAGCAAAGAGGGGAACAAAGAACUAUUAGCCGAGAUGUAGUAUUAGACAGCAAAGUAUUAGAAUUUCUAGGAAAAACAGUAGACAAGUUUUUAAUUUACAAAGAUAUUGGGAAAAUAUUAGACAAACAUUUUUAUUCUAUGUUUGAACCUUUACCAACGUGGGAAGAAUUGGAAGAGAUGUAA